AAUCAAUUCGUCUCAUUUCUGUUGUCAGUCCUGUUUCAAUAUUUUAAUAGUCUCGUUGAUUUAGUUAUUUCCAGUAAAUUCAAACAUAUUUUUAAUAUAUUGUCUUAUGCACAAUUAUAAAAUGGAAAGUAAAGACUAGUGUGAUACAUUGCGUUAGAGGUGUGAAAGUUAUAAUGUAAUGCAAGAAAAUAUUUUAUUGGAAAGUGUUAUGGAACAUAACAGUCAUGAAAUACUUUUGUAUAAUUAUUUUUAUCGUGUUUGGGGAAUGUCAGUCAUUGGUUAUCAAUAAAACCGAAUCUAUUUCUGUAGCCAAACUUAAUUCAACCACAAAACAGAAAGUAUGGAAUAUCAAAUUAGACAUUUAUUUUACAAAACCUCUUCCUACAAUUCUUAAAAAAGCACCUAACAGUGAUGUUCGACUGAAAUGUGAAGCUAUGAUGAAUUUUACCAAAGUAGAGAAGUAUACUAAAAAUGAAGAAGGUAUAGAGACAUCUUUGAAAGAAUUUCCUCCAGAUUACAUACAACAAACCUUAAUGAAAAAUGUUAAAGUGUAUUGGUUAAAAGAUAAUAGUAUUGUAUUGAAUUCUACAAAAAUAAGGGUUACAACAAAAGAAGAUAGAAGUAAUGGUACUAUUGGUGCAUUUCUUAAAAUAAAAGAUAUAAGUAAAUCUGAUGAAGGAAAUUAUACUUGUGUAAUUAAACAAAAUUAUGAGAAAAAGAUGACAACAAGACUUAUAAUAGAUUUUACAAAUAAAGGUAAUGACUUGGAAAUGUCUUACACAUCUAUGUUCCCCGAGGGUGAUAAUGAAAUGUUUAUGAAUAUAAAAACAACUCCCAACCUUAUAUCUGAAGGUAUGACAGUACAAAAAACUAACAGUGAUGCCCGCCAUAUUGAGACUGUUAACCAAAAGUUGGAACCAAUAUGUCAGGAAUAUAUUGGCCAGGUUUGUAGUUCGCACCUUAAGGGUCAUUUUGUAUACAUUCCAUAUGACACAUCUCAGGCAGCCCUAGAAGACAAACUCAUGAAAGCCUUUCAAGUCACUAAGUAUUCAAAUGACAUUAGCUCUCAUUGUGAACAAUAUGCCCUGCCGAGUCUCUGCUACUCAACAUUUCCUAUAUGCAGAAAUCCACAUGCAACAAAUGAAUACUUUUUUAAACAAGCAAAAGAAAUAUUAGAUACAUAUUCUGGAAUUAAUGAUGUUGAUGAGAGGCAAAUCCCAAAAACAGUAUUUGAAACCUUGCACCAAGGACUGCAGCUACAAUUAAAACUGAACAAAAAUAUCACCUUGGAUUUAUUGAAUUUUCGCUACAACUCCACAGUAUUAAGGCGUGUUUGCAAACAGGAUUGUGAAAUUUUAGAAAACGAACUUUGUCAGACAGAAUAUGCUAUUGCUAAGCGACAUCCUCAUAUUGGUCAGCAGUUGACUUUAGAGGAAUGUCAAGAUUUACCAGAAGAUGAUACGGAUUGUCUUAAAAUUGGUAUAGGCACAUUAAUAGUUUCAGAUGAUGAAUGCUAUUGGGAGGACGGAAGUGGUUAUCUUGGUAGGGUUAAUAUGGCAAGCAAUGGAAGACCUUGUAUUGAAUGGUCAAAACAGUUAUAUUUAAAAGUUUCCGAUUAUCCUGAGCUUGCAGGACGACACAGUUAUUGUAGGAAUCCUGGCGGAGUAAAGUCGCAGCCCUGGUGCUUUGUUGAUCACGAUGGAAAAACUGAUCAACUCUGUGAUAUUCCCAAAUGUGCUCACAAAAUCUGGAUAUACAUUGUUUUGACAUUUUUAAUAGUAGCCUUUUUGAUAGCUUGUUUUUUAACCUGCCUCUUCUUUAAACAUAUAAAAAAAGGAAACGCUGCUACAAUUCGAGACAUUAAUCUUCCUAGUGCUGAUAAAAAUAUUUAUGGCAAUUCAAGACUCAAUUCACCCAUAGAAAUGAAUGAAUUAUUAACAAAUCAAAACAGUGGAAGUCAGCCUCAUUUAACCAGCAAUACAAGGGGAAAUGGUGUUCUUCGUAUACCACAAUACUCUUUGUCCCAAAUAAAAUUUUUGGAAGAGCUGGGUGAAGGUGCAUUUGGAAAAGUUUACAAAGGGGCACUAAAGAAGAAUGGUGAAACUCAAUAUGUAGCAGUGAAGGCAUUAAAAGAGAAUGCAUCCGCUAAAACUAAGGCUGAUUUUAGAAGGGAAAUAGAUUUGAUAUCAGAAUUGACCCAUGACAACAUUGUUUGUAUUGUAGGUGUUGCUCUCAGAGAGGAGCCACUUUGUAUGUUAUUUGAAUUCAUGGCUCGUGGGGACUUACAUGAAUUUCUAAUGGGACGAGCUCCCCCAUCUGGUAAAGGUUUACCUUCCAUGAGAUUGUUAAACAUUGCCCAUAACAUUGCAUCCGGUAUGCAAUAUCUUGCCUCCCACCAUUACGUUCACAGAGAUUUAGCUGCAAGAAACUGUCUUGUGUCUGAUGAUUUUGUUGUAAAGAUAUCAGAUUUUGGACUCUCGAGGGACAUUUAUAGUUCUGAUUAUUAUAGAGUACAAUCUAAAAGUCUCUUACCAGUCAGAUGGAUGCCACCAGAAUCAAUUCUCUAUGGAAAAUUCACUACUGAGAGCGAUAUCUGGUCUUAUGGUGUCGUGCUAUGGGAAAUUUAUAGUUAUGGAUUGCAACCAUACUAUGGGUACAGUAACCAGGAGGUGAUAUCGAUGGUACGAGGUGGUGAGCUGCUAGCGCCGCCGGCCGCCUGUCCCGCACCACUGUACAGCCUCAUGAGGGACUGUUGGCGACACGCGCCACAACGACGGCCUGCCUUCGAGGAUAUCGUUACCAGGAUAGGAGAUUGGAUACAAAUGGGCGGUUGUCCUGAAACAGCGCCAUCUGAGUCGGGGAGCAGCUGCGGUCAUCGACCCACAACCUCCGCAAAGGAUCUACAGGAGAGAGUUCCACUGUUACCACCACACUGCUCUACAUCCAAUGGCUCGCUAGCUACCAGUAGUUUGAAGAAAUUCAGCACAGCUGGCUCCAGUAGGGCCGCUGAUGAUAACUUCUCUACCUGCAGUGAAGUGCCACCCCUGGCUCCCAAGACAAAAAAAUAUAGCUCCGGUUCACUCAUAGACACAGACAAAAUAGGAACCAAGGAGACGGUUGUUAGAAUACCAAACAAGAAUUGUGGUAAUGAUAUAUAGUAGCAUUCAAGAUGUCGGUAUAGGAUCAAGUAAGUAAUAUUAAGUAAAUUAUUGGCAUCGCUAUGUAGAAUACUUUAGGCUUUACUCACUCCGCCUCACAUUUAUUUUUAUUUAUUAAGAUACUAUUUUAUUUAAAGACUAUGGAUUUAUUUUAGUUUUAAGUAACAUGUAUUAUUUACUGCAGCUAAAAUUAAUAGUAAUCUUGUGUGUAUGGAUCAGUGAUUUGCUCAAAAUAAUUGUUACACAGAAAUACAUUGACAAUGACACGUUUAAAGAGAAUUAUUCUUGAAAAAAAAAACCUGUAAUAAUCACAGAUAAUUGCGUAAAAAUUAAUACAAUCAUGCCCAUUUUAUAAAUAUAUAAAACCUAUACAGGUAUUUUUUUUUUUUUAAAUAGUAACAAUUAUUUAUUUAUCUUAAGUUACUCCUAGUUCCUUUUUAUGCAAUUUAUACAGCAAACACUCUUUAUUAUUGUAUGUUAUAAUACUAGUGUUUUGCGAUUAAGUUAAUAUUAUUAGUAAAAUGAAUUGAUGUCGAGAUAUAAUAAACAAACUAAUGCCAAGUUGCCGAUGGAAUUUGAUGGACUAUUAAAAUUAUCUCAUUUACAUUGCAAUUCAAAUUUAAUAUAAUCAUUAUAAUAAUUUUCCCACCUUGCCACGGUUCUUUACCAAAAGACUUCCUUAGCCAUUGUGUAGCAAUCAUUUCGUAACAUUAUAUUUUUAUUAAAAGUCCAUAUCAAUGUUGCUCACUUAUAAAAUUAAUUUUAUAACCCAGUUUUGAUACAGGAUAAGUGUUGCCAUAGAAAAUGAUGAAUUAAUUAUUAUUUAGAAGCGAAUAUUAUGAGUACCCAUAAAAGCUCACAAUAUUAGUAACGUUUUUUUCAACUGGCUUUACAUUUAUUUAUUUUUUCUAUAAUAGUAAUCGAGGCUUAAAUCUAAAAUUCGCUUCUAAAGUAAUUCAAUUUACAAUGUUUUCUAUGAUACUAGUUAAAAUUAAAUGUAAGUUAUGUAUAUGGUAAGGAAUAUAUUGUUUAGAUUUGUUACCUUUUGAUAUCAGAGCACUCGUGCCACUUUUUUCUUAUAAAUUUAUAUGGUACGAAUUUUCAGUACUCGCCAAAGACUCUUUUUUUAUAUGUGAUACAUUUAUUUAGUUCUUUUUUUUUGUUUUUUACCUAGGAGUAAACUGUAUUUCUAUAAUAAAUAAUUUACAAAAUAA